AUGCCGGCGCUUCUGGGUUUGGUGCAACCGCGCUCCUACUACUGCUCCUGCUGCCGCUGCUGCUGUUGGAUUCUGCUGCUUUUGCCGCCGCCGUUUUGGGUCAGCCUGGCCGCGGCUAAGCAAGUGCUGAGAUACCGCUUGGCCGAGGAAGGGCCGGCCGAUAUCCGGAUCGGGAACGUGGCUUCGGACCUGGGCAUCGUCACCGGCUCGGGCGAGGUGACGUUCAGCUUGGAAUCCGGCUCGGAAUAUUUGAAAAUCGACAACAUGACGGGCGAGCUGAGCACCACGGAGCGGCGCAUCGACCGCGAGAAGCUGCCGCAGUGUCAAAUGAUCUUCGACGAGAACGAGUGCUUCCUGGACUUCGAGGUGUCGGUCAUCGGGCCCUCGCAGAGCUGGGUCGACCUCUUCGAAGGCCGGGUCGUCAUCCUGGACAUCAACGACAACACGCCGACUUUCCCUUCCCCGGUGCUGACCCUCACCGUCGAGGAGAACCGACCGGUGGGGACCCUCUACCUGCUCCCCACCGCCACCGACCGCGACUUCGGGCGCAACGGCAUCGACCGCUACGAACUGCUGCAGGAGCCCGGCGGGGAGGCCGGCAGGCGCGGCGCGGGGGCCACGGUGGCAGCUGCCGCCGCCGCCGCCGCCACUUCCGACGGGGCCCUCUAUCCCGGCGGCAAGAAGAGGCAGGAGACCGACGGCCCGGCUCGGAGCAGCGUCUUCGAGCUGCAGGUGGCCGACACCCCCGACGGCGAGAAGCAGCCCCAGCUGAUCGUCAAAGGGGCUCUGGAUCGCGAGCAGAGGGACUCCUACGAGCUGAGCCUGCGGGUGCGGGACGGCGGGGAGCCGGCGCGCUCCUCGCAGGCCAUCCUCCGCGUGCUGAUCACCGACGUGAACGACAACAGCCCCCGCUUCGAGAAGAGCGUCUACGAGGCGGAUCUGGCCGAGAACAGCAGCCCGGGCACGCCGAUCCUGCAGCUGCGGGCGGCCGAUUCCGACGCCGGGGUGAACGGGCAGAUCGAGUACGUCUUCGGGGCGGCCACCGAGUCGGUCCGGCGCCUGCUGCGCCUGGACGAGUCGUCGGGCUGGCUCAGCGUCCUGCACCGCAUCGACCGCGAGGAGGUGAGCCAGCUGCGCUUCACCGUCAUGGCCCGCGACCGCGGACAGCCGCCCAAGAACGACAAGGCCACGGUGGUGCUGACCAUCCGCGACGAGAACGACAACGUGCCCACCAUCGACAUCCGUAAGAUCGGGCGCAUCCCGCUGCGCGACGGGGUGGCCAGCGUGGCCGAAGACGUGCUGGUGGACACCCCCAUCGCCCUGGUGCAGGUCUCGGAUCGCGACGAAGGGGAGAACGGCGUGGUGACCUGCACCGUGGUGGGCGACGUGCCCUUCCAGCUCAAGCCGGCCAGCGAGGGGGAGGGCGAGGCGCAGAACAAGCGCAAGUACUUCCUCCACACCUCGGCCCCGCUGGACUACGAGGCCUUGCGGGAUUACAACGUGGUCAUCGUGGCCGUCGACUCCGGCAGCCCCAGCCUCUCCAGCAACAACUCGCUGCUGGUCCGGGUGGCCGACACCAACGACAACCCGCCCGUCUUCAGCCAGCCCGUCUUGGAGGUGCCCUUUCCGGAGAACAACGCCCCGGGCGAGCGGGUGGCGACGGUGCUGGCUACCGACGCGGACAGCGGCAAGAACGCCGAGCUGGCUUACUCUCUGGAGCCCUCGCCUUUGGGGGCCGAGGCGCCCUCGGGCCUCUUCACCAUCGACCCGGAUUCGGGCGACUUGCGCGUCCAGGCGGUGCUGGAUCGCGAGCAGCGAGACACUUACGAGUUCCAAGUCACGGCCCGGGACAAGGGGGUGCCUUCCUUGCAGGGCUCGGCCCUGGUGGUGGUGCGGGUGGCCGACCGCAACGACAACGAGCCCCGCUUCAUGCAGGACGUUUUCACUUUCUACGUCAAGGAGAACCUGCAACCUAACAGCCCGGUGGGCAUGGUGACGGUGAUGGAUGCCGACCAAGGGCGCAACGCUCAGCUCAGCUUGGCCAUCCAGCCCGGGGCCGCGCAAGAAGCGGGUCAGGGCUCCGCCUCGGACCCGGGCAUCUUCUCCAUCGAGAACGACACGGGCACCAUCUACUCCACCGUCUCUUUCGACCGGGAGUUGCAAACGAGCUACACCUUCCGCGUCAAGGCGGUGGACGGAGGGCAGCCGGCUCUCUCGGCCACGGCCACCGUCUCGCUCUUCGUCAUGGACGAGAACGACAACGCGCCGGCCGUCACCUCGCCCGCCAACAGCUCCUACACCGUCCUGCCUCCAUCCAGCAGCCCGCGCUCCGUGGUGGCGGCCGUGCAAGCCCGAGACGCCGACGCGGGCCAGAACGCCGAGCUGAGCUACAGCCUGGUGGGGGGCAACCCCUUCAAGCUCUUCGAGAUCGACCCGGCCAGCGGGGUGGUCUCGCUGGUGGCCAAGCUGGCCCCCAAGCACUACGGCUUGCACCGCCUGGUGGUGCAGGUCAACGACAGCGGCCAGCCGGCUCAAGCCACCACGGCUCUCCUCCACGUCUUCGUCAACGAGAGCUUGGCCAACGCCAGCGCGGUGGAGAGCCAAGUGGCCCGGAGCUUGCACACCCCCCUGGGCCGGGACAUCGCGGGCGACCCGAGCUACGAGCUGAGCAAGCAACGGCUGAGCAUCGUGGUGGGCGUGGUGGCCGGCGUGAUGGCCGUGGUGCUGCUGAUCCUGGUGGUGGUCCUGGCUCGCUACUGCCGCUCCAAGGGCAAGCACGGCGGCUACGAGGCGGGCAAGAAGGACCAGGCGGACUUCUUCACCCCGCAGCCCCACGACAAGGCCCACAAGAAGCCCAAGAAGGACCGCAAGGGCAAGAAAGGCGGAGGGGGCAAGCAGCCCCUCUACAGCAGCAUCGUCACCGUCGAGGCUUCCAAGCCCAACGGGCAGCGCUACGACAGCGUGCACGAGAAACUGUCGGCCGCCGGCAGCCCGGCUUUAAGCCGCUACCGCUCGGUCAACGGAGGGCCGGGCAGUCCGGAUUUGGCCCGGCAUUAUAAAUCCAGCUCGCCUUUGCCCACCGUCCAGCUUCACCCCCAGUCGCCCACCGCCGGGAAAAAACACCAGGCGGUGCAGGACCUGCCGCCGGCCAACACCUUCGUGGGGGCGGGGGACAACAUCUCCAUCGGGUCGGACCACUGCUCCGAGUACAGCUGUCAGGCCAGCAGCAAGUACAGCAAGCAGGUAAGAAGACCCUUUUCUCCUCCCCCCCCUCCCGAUGUUUCCCAG